UUGGGCGGGGGGGUAUGACAUUGACAGGAAUGGACAGCUUAAUUAAUAACCACCAUCCUUUUCUCCCUGACCUCGACUGGUCACACAUGCUCUUACUGGAGCCCAGACGCAAGCAGCUUAAUGUUCAUUAGCAAAUAUUGAUUGAGCUGUAGCUCACAGCGUGGAUGUCAGAAACGAGGCUGAAAAAGAGGAAAGUUAGCGGACAGGAAUUCGACAUCAACAGAGCAGGAUAAGGAGGUAGAAAGAAAAGACGCUUUCCAUGACUUGCUCAUAGAGAGGCCUUGUUGUGUCCUGACCUUCAUCCCCCCACCUCCCUGCCGGCAGCUACUGAACAUCUCCUCCCUGUGUGGGAGAGGAGACCCGUCAGAGGCAGACAGCUACUUUGACCCAGUCCAACCUGUGUUUCCUGAGUUGGUGCCCGACGACCCUCCUGAAUGAAUGAGUGGGUGGGCCCCGACAUCAAUGUGGUGGGACCUCUGCAUAUCCCACCCAGCGAUGAAUUCCCCAUCUCAGAGAGCACCCACUUGUUCGAUAUUCUUGCAGAUCAAGGCAGUCCUCUCCUGCAGGAUACCGACAUCUUGCCCUUCACCAGCUAUCCCAGCAUGCAGUAUCCAUCGAUGGAGCCGACCAUGCCCUCCACACCAUAUUACUCCAGUCAGAACUACUACCCUCAGUACAACGGAGACGAAUGGUACUCACACACAGGAAUAUAUGAACUGAGGAAAGGACCCCUGGAGGUCGGCUAUGAUGCUGAAAUGGAGGAGGUGUCUGCUGUGGUGCCCACUGUGUGCAAGAGAACACGGCACAUGUCGCAGGCUGGAAGGGUCAAAGGGGAGGAACUGUGUGUGGUGUGUGGAGACAAGGCCUCUGGAUACCACUAUAACGCUCUUACCUGUGAGGGAUGUAAAGGUUUCUUCAGACGGAGCAUAACCAAGAACGCUGUGUACAAAUGCAAGAGUGGCGGGAAUUGUGAGAUGGACAUGUACAUGCGCAGGAAAUGCCAGGAGUGUCGGCUAAGAAAGUGCAAGGAGAUGGGCAUGCUGGCUGAAUUGAAGCCUUCAUCACUGCCGGCAGGCCUGCUGACAGAGAUCCAGUGUAAGUCUAAAAGGCUGCGGAAGAACACCAAGGCCUCCCCGGGAGAGUCGACUGGAGACGAGACAGAGGGCGCGGACAACACGGACAGCAAACAGGUCACCUCAACCACCAAACUGUCAAAGGAAAAAGUGGAAAUCACCAAAGAGCAGCAGGUGCUUGUGAGUGCCAUCGUAGAUGCUUACAACAGACAUCAAAUUCCUCAAGACGUGGCCAAAAAGCUGCUACAAGAACAGUACAGCGCAGAGGAAAACUUCCUGCUACUGACAGAAAUGGCAACAAGUCAAGUUCAAGUUCUGGUGGAGUUUACAAAAAACAUUCCAGGCUUUCUGUCUCUGGAUCGUGAGGAUCAGAUCGCUCUGCUGAAGGGUUCGGCUGUGGAGGCCAUGUUUCUGCGCUCAGCUCAGGUUUUCAACAGAAAGAUGCCCAAAGGACACACAGAACUUUUGGAAGAGAGGAUACGCAAGAGUGGUAUAUCAGAAGUAUUCACGACACCCAUGUUCAACUUUUAUAAAAGCAUCGGUGAACUCCACAUGGCGGUGGAGGAACAGGCUCUCCUCACCGCUAUAACCAUCCUAACACCAGAUCGGCCUUAUGUGAAGGAUCACGAGGCUGUUGAGAGACUUCAGGAGACCAUGCUGGACGUGCUGAGGAAGCUGUGUGUCCUGCAGCACCCACAGGAGCCGCAGUACUUUGCUCGUCUCCUGGGCCGUCUGACAGAGCUGAGAACACUCAGCCACUACCACGCAGAGAUGCUCACGUCCUGGAGGAUGAACGACCACAAAUUUACACCGCUGCUCUGUGAGAUCUGGGACGUGCAGUGACACACCAGGAGAAAGGCGUAACAAAGGGAUGAUAGCACGAACAUUUCAACUUGCAAGACAGUCAUCAUACGACUACAGGGCAUAUUUAUACUGGAGGAUGUGAGGAUGUGGAAUGAAAUCCCUGCAUCACCUGUUGCUGCAGUCAGUCCUGACUCUUUGAAUGGUUUAGAGUACUGUUUGUGUUUAUUCUGCUUGUGUAUUUUUAAUGACUCACAACAUCAUCGUGUUUGCCCACUGUGUGAUUCAGCCAACUUAGACUCAGUCUCAUUGUUGAGAUGUUGUGACAGAGUUUUCAGUGCAAAGGGGAAACUGUUCAAAGGUGGGAUCUGGAAAACUUCUCUUUAGAACUUCUCUUUAAAGUCCCAAAGUUAUUAGUUGGACGAGAACAAACUGAAACUUAUUCAAUGUAAAGAUGGUGCUCAUAGAAAGUGUAAAGUUUAGAUUACAUUGAGUUUAAUAAUGGCUUAGUUUAUUUUUUAUUUGUAAAACUCACAGUACUUGCACAUGUUCUUGCUGUAAAUACGCAAAAGUUGUCCGCCUCAAUAAACAACCAGAUUAACAGGAAAAAAAAAUGUAUGUUGGAACAUUCUUACGUUUACUUUCAUACCUGUCAGCACAGAGGAAACAAUUGUUCAGGAGUACAGGAAAUACAACAUCUGGUACAUCUGGAAAAUAAUGGUUCCUCCUCCUCUUUAAUCUUUCUGAAAAUAUCACAAUGAACUGAAAACAUUGACUGAAGAUUAAAAUGUUAAUGCCUGACAGUCUCCCAGAUGAAAUAUGGUCCUCUGUUAGAUAGACUGUAACAACAAAAACAAUGACUUUUUAUGCCUUAUUAAUUCCUACAUGAAACCCUCUGUUAAUAUUUCAAUUCAGUGGAGUAUCAGAGAAAAUGCACCUCAACCACAGGAUGUAUUUUUAUAUAUUUUGGCCAGUUUUAUAUGAUUAAGGAAUAUUUAAUGCCAUUGUGGACUAUUUUAAUACCAUUACAUUUGUUAAUUGGUUUGAAUCUUUAAUGUUAGGUUCCUCAAUUUUCUCUUUUUCAUGAAGUUCUUUCUCUAUAUGUGUCUGUCUUUGUUGGUAUACCUCUGCUAUUGCUGUAGUUGUUGUUAAUUGUGGUAGGCGUAAUCAUAGGGGUUGCCAGAUGGGGCCACUUGAAAAUCUUGGG